AUUGUGUGGUCAGUUGUAUACAUACAUCACGAUAUGUUUACGUAUCUAACACUGUACACUUGUAUAGAUUGUGAUCGUAUUUCUUUGGGGCGGUAAUUGAAAAUUAGUAUUGAUAAUUAGAGACACUUAAUAUGGAUUGUACACAGGUAUGCUGCAGUACAUUCCAGUUCAGAUGUUUGUUUAAUGUUUAUGUUAAUAAAAAUUAUGACCAAUUUUGCAUCGUGAAAAAGUGCACAAACUAUUCCUGUAAAAAUGUUUUUUUUUUUUUAAAUACCAUGGCUAGUCAGGGGAAAACAAGUUUGAAGAAAAAUGAAACACCAUUGCUCUCAAUUGUAGACUUUACAGGAUGGAAUUGGGAUUCAGUUUUGACUGUAAAUGGACCGAUAAUUCCUCAAUGAGUGGAACAAACGAAACGUUUCAUUCGUUAACCUCAUUUUCUUCAGCUACUGGGUCAUCUUCACAUGGUUCAAGCUCCUGGGCCUCACAAGCAGGGUGGAUCCCGGAUACCCCGCCCUCGUCCUCUAACUCAAUCUCUGGAACGUCCGGACGAAACGAUUUGAUUGAUUGGACCGAUGACCUAAUUUCUUCAAUAGAUGAGGUUCUUCAGGCUUCAGAGUGCCAAGAUGUUUUAACCGAGAACACAUAUAGUUCAGGAAAUAAUAAAAGUAGUCCCAGUAGUUCCGUUGACAAAUAUAGCACUACUAAUAUCAAGUAUAGUCCAACUACCUCAACUGUCAUAAAAUAUAGUCAAACUGAGAAAAAAUAUAAACAGGCCGAGAAACCAGGAAACAGGGGAUCUCUCGGACAAUUCCAGUUUCAAGACGAACAAGGCCUAGAAUUCAAAGUAAAAGGAAGAAUUUGCGAAGAAAAAAAGAACAAAGGAAGAGUGGACUGGGACGGCAUGGUGGAGCAAACCUUUAAAAUCGAAAAAGAAUCAAAAAAGUCGUUUUUUCAGAAUUUUUUUUGAAACAAAGUAUACUAUUUUGUGAUUUUUAAAAUACUUGUACAAGUGAUAUUCUGAAGUUUAUAACCGAUUAUUAUAUUAUAGCUUAAUUCUUUUAUGUGAAUUAUUUAAAAGAUAGACUUUUCAUUACCACCUCUCACGUUUUGUUUACUUUUCCAUAAUUUAACUGGUUUAAUAUAAUGCAUUUGUUUAUUGUUACAAUUCUUCGCUUUUCAAUUUAAUAAUGUUUGCCAUUUUCUAUUGGACUGGUGAGGAUAUGAAAUAUUUAUCUCAAUAGAUUUCUAACCCCGAGAGUUAAAAACCUUUCUUUCAAUAAGAAAAAUGACUAUACCGAUAUUACUGUGAUUUAAAGGUUUCAAGCUCUCCAACAAAAAUCGAUGAGAAAUGUGCCAAUUACUUUUUAAAAACAAAAACUAACAAGUGCUUUAUGGUGUUAAAAUGUACAUGUAAAGGGCUACAGAAAAGCACAAGUGAGUUAGAACAGUACAAUAAAAGUUCAAGGCAUUGCAACAUUUCAAAGUCGACCCUGUCCUAAACAUUUAUAAGAAUUUUAUAAUUAGACUGAAUCUAUGUUUAUGAUAUACAUGUAUUUGUUGGUUUGUAUAAAACGUCACAACGGCUGAACUGACAGGGUCUUCAUUUUUUUGUGGAGCCUCCCAUGACCCAUGAACCAAGAAAUACGAUUAUAAAUCCACAAAAGAAACACGAGAAAUCUGCGAAAUAUGGUGCAAAGAAAGAAAUUUUAAAAUGCUAAAAUUGUUUGUAACCUAGUAAAUACAUCCCGGCCCAUAGAGGCAUUAAUUGUA